CUUCGCGCCCCGAUCGCGGAUCGGCCGCUGCGAUCGCGGUCCCCGCAUUUCACAGAGCCCCGCGCGGCGAGCGGAGCCUGGGGCCUGGUGGGGCCGGGCCGGGCGGCGCGGAGAGGGCCGCGGCGAGGGGGUGGUACCUGCCGGGGCAGAGUCCUGUGACUGACAGGACGAGCGCUGCGGGCUCAGGCGGGCCGCGUCGCCCCCUGGCGGCGGGCGAGGGCCCCCGCGCAGUCCCACCGCCCCCCGUCGGGCCCGUGCGGGAGCGGCAUUGAGCCGUGCGUUACCGCACACGCAGGCCCGCCCCGCCCCGGACCCGCUGUGCUGCUGCCAGACGUUGCGGGGCCCAGCUCAGUUCGGCGAUCAAAGGACUUUGAGAAGAACAAUGAAUCCGUUUCUAGAUCUUCUCUUGUUUUUGGCUACGCUCAUCUACUCCUACUUAGAGGCUUUUGUGAAGCUUUUUGUCCCCGUGAAGAGAAAGUCUGUCAGUGGAGAGCUUGUCCUCAUCACGGGUGCUGGCCACGGCGUAGGGAGAGCGACUGCCUUCGAGUUUGCCAAGCGUCAAAGCAGACUGGUUCUGUGGGACAUCAACAAGCACGGUGUUGAGGACACAGCAGCAGAAUGCGAAAGGCUGGGAGCCACUGUUCAAGCCUUCGUGGUGGACUGCAGCAAAAGGGAGGAAAUCUACAGCGCUGCAGAGAAGGUGAAAAAGGACAUUGGGGAUGUCUCCAUCCUGGUGAAUAACGCUGGUGUGAUUACAGCUGCCGACCUGCUCUCAACUCAGGACCACCAGAUUGAAAGAAUGUUUGAUGUCAACAUUCUUGCUCACAUGUGGACCACAAGAGCUUUUCUGCCAACCAUGAUGAAAAACAACCACGGUCACAUUGUCACAGUGGCUUCAGCAGCAGGUCAUUUUGUGACUUCUUUCAUGGUGGCUUAUUGUUCAAGCAAGUUUGCUGCUGUUGGAUUUCAUAAAGCUCUGACAGAGGAGCUGUCUACCCUGGGAAAGGAUGGAAUAAAAACUACGUGUCUUUGUCCGGUUUUUAUAAACACUGGAUUUGUCAAAAACCCCAGUACAAGGCUUGGAAAGAUUUUGGAGAUUGAAGAAGUUGUAGAUGCCUUGAUGGAAGGAAUACUGACCAACCAGAAAAUGAUUUUUGUUCCAUCGCAUCUGAACAUUGCUUUGCUUUCUGAACUAUUGUUUCCAGAACGUGCCCUGAAUGUUCUGAAAAAGCUGACCAAUGCCAAGUUUGAUGCAGUUGUUGGGCAGAGAAGCACUCAGUGAAAAGCAAAAAUUGGUUCUCAUUUCCCAGUGGCACAAGUGAAAACAGAACACGUGCUGAGUGUAAUUCAGCUGGUUUGAUUCAGAGCAGAACUAAGACAGAUGCUUCCAGGCCACCAUUUCCAAGUACACCUAAGGGUUUAUCCCACACCUGCAGCAGGGACAUACCUGCAUAACAUGGAGCGCUAACACAGCAGAGGUGCAUCUCUAGAAGUGUAAAGGGCUGCUGUGGCUGUACGUCGCGUUGCCUCUAUCUCCUAGUGCGGAGGCAGACGGGAAUUCCCACAAAGCCCGUCUUUGGGACAGCACAGCUGCCUCAUGAGGGCAAAGGGAUCGCCUGAGGAUAUGCUAAUCUGACUCAACCCUGAGCAAAGGUAUUGUGCAAGAAGCAAUUUACAGAGGAGGUGGGUGGCCUGUUUCACCUCAAUUUAUCUUUUUAAAUUUUAAAAACGCUCUAAUGCACACUGAAUUUCAUGUGCUUUUGUAGUGAGUACCUGAAAUAAUACAGGCUUAUAUGUAAUGUAAUACCUAAUUACAUUGAUUAGCCAUUAUGCAUUAGCACCAUCAACACUCCUUAUUCUGAAUAAAUGCAGUUUAACCCAAAGGUGUCUCUCAGCAAUGAAAGUGGUAACCACAUCCAAGCAAGGACAGCAGAGCAGGUGCUGCAGUGAAAGGGUCAGCCAGAGUCUGCCAACCACCAGGCCAGGCUGCAGGGACGAGGCAGCUCCCCAGUCACACCAAGAAGCCGCAUCAUGAUCAGCGAGGUACAAGGCCAGGCACGUCACACCGACAGCGCAGCCCAUGCAAGGGCUGGGGCCAAGGCCAGGGCCAGGGCUUAAAUGCAGAUGGCAGGCCAGGGGGCAGAGGGUGCACGGGGGAAGGCUCUGGAUGAGCCUUCUCAUAGCUCCUCAUCACCAGCUGCAGCCAGCUCUGAGGGGGCCCACCUUCACCAGGAGGUUAAAGCCUCAAAGGCCUUUGGCCUGUGGUACAAGAGAACAGCACCUGAUGAAACUCGGGUCAAAGACCUCUUCAGACCACAGAUUAUCUUUCCACCUACUUGUGCAACUCCUGACUGCGCCAGGCAUUUGCUGGUUCACAGCCAUCCAAGGGAGGCCUGAACACGCUGCCAGCUUCAGCACAGCUGGAAAUGGGUGGCUUCCAGUGGAAUCCAUCCCGCUCACCUGAGUGUUUCAUGCUGUUCUGUAAACUGAGGUUCUUCAGAACAGGGAGAGCCCUCGUCAUCCAGCUCUUCCUGCUCUUAGGUGGCAACAGGUAGAAGUUUGUGCUGCCAGCAGCACAAAUGGUUGCUAAACCUGCUAAAUGAUAUGAAAAUGGUUUCGGUUUUGCUCCUGUAACAGGAUGUUCGGGGUGUGUCAAAGCACAAGGUUGCAGCUGGGGAACUUCUGCUUCACAGUGCAAGGUUCCUGUAGCCAAGAAAGGAAGAGAAAGAAGGGGAUUGCAAAUUUCAGGGAAUGAAAAAAAGUUAAAAGCCAAUUAAAGAGUAUUAGACAUGGGUUGUAUUUAAUACCAAGGCCCUCCAAACACGAAAGUAUUUGAGAAGCAUGCUUUGAGUCCUGAAGGAUGAAGGAGACCAAUUUGCAUGCAUGUUCAGUGAGUUAUUUUGUAAGUCUGUUUUCCCUGCCUCAGAGGCAUCCCCCAAAUCUGAGAACAGUGAUUUAAUGUCUUGUGUGUACUCUGAAAGAAAUUCUUCAUUUUGUGCUGCUUCUGCUUUUAUUUGAGCUACGUAUUCAGCUCUUGCUAAGAGGGCAGGCCUGUCACAACUGAGAGCCGCUUGCUCUUCACCAUGUUGCCUGAGUCUGCAAGUCUUCUGCUUGUCAUAAACAGAUGCAAAAGCAAGGAUUUAAGCCUUCAUCUCCUGAACACCCGUGACAGAAUUGAAUCAUCAAGCCUCCCAGGCUCCUCAGUUCUCUUCCUGGCCACAACAGACAGCUGAAGCUGAUCCCAAAGUCUGGUCACUAUGGGUGCCUAGCAGGAGCCCAUGCGAGCAAGCUUCAUAUAGCUGCCUACAGCUAAGUCCCAGAUUUGAAGAAUGGUACCUCACACCCUGGCUCAGGGCUCCUUAUGAGUCAGGUUAGUGACACUGGCCUCAUGCUCUGCCUCCCUCUGCGGCGUCCCUUGGAGUCAGCGCUUCUCUGCCCUCCUGCCUCCUCCGUCUCAGCCACAGCACUGACUGGAGCCCCGUGCCAGGACAAUGACAGCACUGCUGAGCUGUGCAAUUAGGGUCUGGCCCAAACGCUGAUGUGUUAAUUAAACACAGCACAAAGUUCCAAGAGAAGAGUAAGAAGUGCCUAGCUCUGAAUAUCUCUGCUAGAGCCAACCCAGUCUCCUGCACCAAGAUGAGCAAUGGUGCAGCCAAACCACUAGGAGAAAAAAAAAAAUCCUUUUCAGCAACUCUAAUCUUAACUGGAGACCGGUUUUUGUCAGAGGACAGAUGUUCAUGCAACCUUCACUCUUCCCCAAGUGGCUCAAAAAUAUCCUUAAAUAAAAUUAUGAACAUGACCUGGA